GCCUGGAGGAUGGAGCCCGGCGCGGUGCGGACCAAAGUCCCGGCCUUCCUGUCGGACCUGGGCAAAGCCACGCUGCGGGGCAUCCGGAAAUGCCCCCGCUGUGGCACCUACAACGGCACCCGCGGCCUGAGCUGCAAGAACAAGACGUGCGGCACCGUGUUCCGCUACGGCGCCCGCAAGCAGCCCAGCGUCGACGCCGUCAAGAUCAUCACCGGCUCCGACCUGCAAGUCUACUCGGUGCGGCAGCGGGACCGGGGCCCGGAUUACCGCUGCUUCGUGGAGCUGGGCGUUUCGGAGACGGCCAUCCAGACGGUGGAGGGCACCAUCAUCACGCAGCUCAGCUCCGGCCGCUGCUACGUGCCCUCGUGCCUGAAGGCGGCCGCGCAAGGCGUGGUGGAAAACCAGUGCCAGCACGUCAAGCUGGCCCUCAGCUGCCAGACCGAGGCCACGCCGCUGACCCUGAAGAACUCGGUGCUCAGCUCCAUGCAGGCCUCCCCGGAGACCAAGCAGACCCUGUGGCAGCUGGCGGCGGAGCCCACGGGGCCGCUGGUGCAGCGCAUCUCCAAGAGCGUGCUGGUGGUGAAGGAGGAGGCGCCGGCGCCGCCGCCGCGCUGCAUCCACUUCUUCGCCUGCAUCUGCGCCUUCGCCAGCGACGAGGCCCUGGCGCAGGAGUUCGCCGACUUCCUCGGCGGCGACGCGGGCGGCCUGGAAGGGCGGGAGACGGGAUCACACACGGAGACACCAACCCGGGAGCGCUUGUGUACGCAGGGGAACAGCCCUCUCCUGGCUCUGGAGGCAGCCAACAGCAGCCUGAGGAAAAGCAGCCUGAAAAAGCCGGCCGUGGUGGCGUCGCUGAAGAGGCCAGGCUGUAAUCAGCUGCUGGAUGAGUCACAGGUGACCCUGUCCUUCCAAGAAUGGCUGGCCAGCGUCACCGAACGUAUCCAUCAAACCAUGCAUUACCAGUUUGAGGGCAAGCCGGAGCCGCUGGUGUUCCACAUCCCUCAAGCGUUCUUCGACGCGCUGCAGCAGCGCAUCUCCAUGGGGAGCACGAAGAAGAGGCUGCCCAACUCCACCACGGCUUUUGUCCGCAAAGACGCCCUUCCCUUGGGGACGUUCUCCAAGUACACCUGGCACAUCACCAACAUCCUGCAGGUCAAACAGAUCUUCGAUACGCCCGAGAUGCCUCUGGAAAUCACGCGCAGCUUCAUCCAGAACCGGGACGGGACGUACGAGCUGUUCAAGUGCCCCAAGGUGGAAGUGGAGAACAUCGCCGAGACGUACGGGCGCCUGGAGAAGCAGCCGGCGAUCCGGCCCUUGGAGCUCAAGACCUUCCUCAAAGUGGCUGAGGACGUCCUCUCCAAGGCUCUGCAGGAGCAGGAGCUCCCUUGCCAAGGUCCCACAGCCCGGUUUGGCAGGGAGAAGCGCCUUACUUUUGGCAGAGGGGGUUCCAAACCUCCUGAGAUGGGUCCCGAUGCGGUGAAACCUCCCUUUUCUCCGCGGGCGCUGACGCAGGAGUGGCCUUCACGGGAUUUCUCCCGCUUUUCGGCCUUCAAAAAAUCAGUAGGAGCUGCAGUAAGACGGCAAGAGCAGGCCAAAGGUGACCCGGUGACGCUGCUACCCUGA